CAGGAAGGUCACACCAUCCCCCACCAUCAUCAGGUUGAAGAUCUGAUUAUGAAAGUUGAGGAUGACGAAGAAGAGACGGAGGAGGCUGGAAUUACGAGGACAAUCAUAGGGGAGGACACUCCUACAGAGAUCAGCACAGGACACGCCAUGGAGAAACCCUCAAAGGAUCGUCUCACUUUAUCUCCAGCUUGUAAAAUGGAAGAUGAGGACAUCACAGGAGAUUGUGGAGGAGAAAAGACAAUGAGCUCCACUAUGGAUGGAGGACUUCACAGUGUGGAGAGACCAUGGAAUCCCUCCGACUCUGAGCGACCUCGUACUGUGAGGGGCGGGGCCGGGAUUCAGGGGGAGGAGAUGUUUUCCUUUCCUACAUGGGGGGAAAGUUUUAGCUCUGAAUUAGUUCCUCCUGUACAUCAGAGAUCUCACACGGGUGAAAAGCUUUAUUCCUGUCCUGAGUGCGGGAAGUUUUUUUCACAGAAGUCCCAUCUUUCCAGACAUCUCAGAAUACACACAGGCGAGAAACCGUAUUCCUGCACGGAGUGCGGGAAAUAUUUUUCACAUAAGUUCCAUCUUUUCACACAUCUGAAGACCCACACGGGUGAGAGGCCGUAUUCCUGCACCGAGUGCGGAAAAUGUUAUACGCAUAAAUCACAGCUUGUAAUACAUCAGAGAUUGCACACGGGAGAGAAACCUCAUCCUUGCCCUGAGUGCGGGAAAGGUUUUACAAAUAAAUCGGACCUUGGUAAACAUCAAAGAACUCACACCGGGGAGAAACUGUAUCCCUGCCCCGAGUGCGGGAAAUUGUUUUCAGAGAAGUCCAGUCUUUCCAAACAUCAAAUGUCUCACACUGGCGAGAAACCUCAUGAGUGUCCAGAGUGUGGGAAAUGUUAUAAACAUAAAACGGACCUUGUUAAACAUCAAAGAUCUCACACAGGUGAGAAGCCGUAUUCCUGCCCUGAGUGCGGGAAAUGUUUUUCAGAGAGCUCCAGCCUUUCCAAACAUCGGAGAUCUCACACUGGGGAGAAGCCGCACGCGUGUCUAGAGUGCGGGAGAUGUUAUAUGCAUAAAACAGACCUGGUUAAACAUCAAAGAUCCCACACGGGGGAGAAGCUGUUUUCCUGUAAUGAGUGCGGGAAACGUUUUUCAGAGAAGUUCACUCUUUCCAGACAUCAGAGAUCACACACGGGCGAGAAGCCGUAUGCCUGUCCCGAGUGUGGGAAAUGUUAUAUGCAUAAACCAAACCUUGUUAAACAUCAAAGAUCUCACACGGGGGAGAGGACAUUUUUCUUAUAGGCCCAGUCAUUCUAGA